AUGAUAUUCUUCUUAAUUAGCGCAUUUUUAAUGUGCGGUGUGGAAUCAUGGCGACCAAACAGACCUAUUUCGCUGCUACCUCCACUUCGACAAGGAAAGUUGGUGCAAGCUCCCCUGGGCAACGGGUUCUCCUACACUACAUAUUUCUUUAACCAGAGGAUCGAUCACUUUGGUUUUGCAAAUGGUGGAACUUUCAAGCAGCGCUACCUGGUAUCUGACCAGUUUUGGAAUCAUAAUGGAGGGCCCAUUUUUUUCUAUACAGGAAAUGAAGGGGACAUUGAAUGGUUCACUAACAACACAGGUUUCAUGUGGGAUAUUGCACCAGAUUUCAGGGCUCUUUUGGUGUUUGCUGAGCACAGAUAUUAUGGACAGUCACUUCCAUUUGGUUCAGCAACCUACCAGAAUGUUUCAAAUCUGAACUACUUGACGUCUGAGCAAGCACUUGCAGACUUUGCCGAGCUCGUUCAGUUUAUCAAAGUCAACACACCUGGGGCAGCAAACAGUCCAGUGAUUGCUUUCGGUGGCUCGUAUGGAGGGAUGCUGGCUGCCUGGUUCAGAAUAAGAUACCCAAAUAUAAUAUAUGGCGCUUUGGCAGCCUCAGCUCCAAUCUGGCAGUUUACGGGUCUCACACCUUGCAAUGCUUUCUAUGAAACAACCAGCAACACCUGGCUUCAGACUUCUAAGAUCUGUGUGGCUAAUGUUCAGCAAUCCUACCAGACCCUGGAGAUAAUUGCAUCACAAGCCGGGGGUCUAAACUUCAUCAGCAGCACCUUCAAAUUGUGCACUCCCCUUGUGAGCACGACUGACAUUGAACCAUUUAAGGCAUUUCUUGCUGAUAUGUAUGUCAACUUUGCCAUGGUUGACUACCCGUACGCAGCAAAUUUCAUGGCCGAACUUCCAGCCUGGCCUAUUCAGGUUGCCUGCAGCUAUCUAGCUGAACCCUUGAAAGGAGAGGCCCUGUUGACAGCCCUGUCACAAGUGACCAAUCUCUACUUUAACUACACUGGUGAGACUAAAUGUGUUAACUGGACAGAUGAUGGUAGCACUGGAUCUCUGGGUUACCAGGGAUGGGAUUAUCAGUCCUGUACAGAAAUGGUGAUGCCCAUGUGCAGUAACUCCAGCGGAAUGUUCUAUGACGUGACCUGGGACUUCCAGAAGGUCAGUGACGACUGUUACAGCAGGUACAAAGUUCGUCCCCGUGAGAACUGGAUUACUCUGGAAUACUGGGGCAAGUUGCUGAACGGUGUCUCCAGAAUUAUCUUCAGUAACGGCUUGUUAGAUCCAUGGUCCAGUGGAGGGGUCUUGCAGUCCAUCUCUGACUCGGUUAUCGCUAUUCAAAUUCCGCAAGGGGCACAUCACUUGGAUCUGAGGACCCACAAUGAUAACGACACCCGAGCAGUCAGAGGCGCACGGGAACAAGAGACCAAUAUUCUUCGCAAUUGGUUGAAGUUUAAUCCGGUUUAA